CGUCUUCAAAUAGAUGACAUAAUUCCAGUACGUUCCAGUGGCAUCGAGAGGGGGAUGCGAAAUUCUGGAACAUUCUAGAAAAUUAUAACCUUAUAUAAAGAAGUGAGCGAGCGCUGGCGCAGUUAGUUAUCUCACAAAUGCGAGGAAGUGCUGUGAAAUAUUUUAUUUUAAAACAGACGUUUUGGCAUUUAUUUGUUCGUGCAUAAUACGCAAAAUAGUACAACUCAGUGCAUUUCAAGUGACAGUACAAAAUAAUGGGGAAGGACUACUACAAAAUUUUGGGACUUUCCAAGGGCGCCAGUGAUGAUGACAUCAAAAAGGCGUAUCGGAAACUAGCCCUAAAGUACCAUCCCGACAAAAACAAGGCUAAAGAAGCAGAAGAACGCUUCAAGGAAGUGGCAGAAGCCUACGAAGUUCUAUCUGACAAGAAAAAACGUGACAUUUACGACGCCUACGGCGAAGAAGGCCUAAAAGGGGGAAUUCCAGGAGAUUCUGGAACAGGAGGCACCGGAGGUUUCACAUACACCUACCAUGGGGACCCCAGAGCCACUUUCGCGCAAUUCUUCGGAAAUGCGAGUCCUUUCGAGGCCUUUUUCAGAGGCAAUCAGACUAUGUUUGCCUUUGGAGAUGACGAUAUGGAUGCGGAUCCGUUCAUUAACAUCUCCUCAAACAGGGGCCCUGGUGGAGCCUUCAGGAGUCAGUCUUUCAACUUCCAAGGAAGCAAUCCUCACAGAGGUAAAGAGAAACAGGAUCCGGCCAUUGAACAUGAUUUGUAUGUGUCGUUGGAAGAUAUAGCCAAAGGUUGUACUAAAAAAAUGAAGAUAAGUAGGAAAGUGCUUCAGCCUGAUGGAUUGACGCGAAGUGAAGAUAAAGUUUUGACAAUCAAUGUGAAACCAGGAUGGAAAGCAGGGACUAAAAUCACAUUUCCGAGAGAAGGUGAUCAAGGGAUUAAUAAAAUACCUGCAGACAUCGUAUUUAUUAUCAGAGAUAAGCCACAUCCUUUAUUUAAACGUGAAGGCAGCGAUAUUAAAUAUGUAGCUAAAGUUUCACUUAAGCAAGCUCUGUGUGGAUGUACAAUAGAAGUUCCAACGAUGAGUAACCAGAAGAUUCCCAUCCAUUAUACCCAUGAAGUGAUUAAACCAACCACAGUGAGGAGGCUGCAAGGAUACGGACUACCUCUACCAAAGGAACCCACAAGGAGGGGAGAUUUAAUUGUUAAUUUUGAUAUUAAGUUUCCAGAAAACCUUUCACAGUCAGUUAAGGACAUACUGUAUGAUACUUUGCCUAAUUAAAGUUGUUAAGUAGUAUAUAAUUAUAAUAUAAGCUGUACGUUCUAGUACAAAGUACCUUUAUUUGAUUUGUUAAGCUUUAGAGGUUUAUAUGCAAUCUCGUGAUUGUUUUGUAUUAUUGCAACAUUCGUUCAGCUAUGUAUGUUAAAGUGUAUGUUGGUUUUUAUUUAUGGAAAUAAAAUAUUCUUUUUAUUA